UCCGACAAAUGCCAGCUGCCCUCCGGUCCGCUUCGGUACGACGUACUCGCCACGCGGACUUUCUACGCCACGAACGUGAUCACCUCUGGGCGUCCCACGAGUGUGACAGGAAGGUGUAAAUCGUCGUAAGAUGGCGUCCAAUGAAGACGGCGAUCUGAUUGAUCUUGGAAACGAUGUAUGUGUGUCGCGGGUCACUGUGGAUGAUGCGACAUCCGAAGAACAAGAGCAUCUGUUGGACGUGUGUCCUCCGAAACUGGAGCAGAAACUCUCCCUCACCAGGCAGCAAGAGCGGGUGCUGAACAGCAUCGAUAAUGGUGAUAUCCUGGUGACCUUGGGUCAUGAUCAAGUGGUACCGAUUCGCAAAAGGAUCGACGUGGUCUCGUCGGAUACGAUCAAGCGGGUACGUGACAUUACUAGGAAUUUAGAACCUGUGAUACACAGGACCUGUUCAGGCAUUAACGAAGAGACUCAGCAGGACACGGUGGAUCACGCGACGAUAUCGAGCUGCGAAAGAACGAGAGAAGCUUCGACAUUGAGGCAUGAGGAUGAAACAUAUGAGACGCGGGAGAUAAACAAUGCUUUUGAUUUUCUCACUGAGCACGACGAUAACGAAGACCAAGUGGAGACGAGCUACUCCGACCGCGCGAGAAACGAGAACAUCGAUCCGCAUCGCAUGAUAUCUCCCGCGAGUCUCUUGAUCGGAGGGGAAGAAGCCAGGGUCAAUUACCCCUUUGAGUCGUCAUCCAGGAUCUCGAAUGAGGAAGCGAACGGUAGAAGCGACGUGGAGGAGACGAAAGCCGUCACGCUAAGUGAGUACGAUGCUCAGCCGGACGAUUCUGUCUACGAAUCCCCGCCGAAUUCGAACAAGUUUCGCGAGGAUAACUCGCCCAAAGACAGAUCCGUUUCUAUCGAUUCGGAAUCUCGUACGAGAGUCGUUCUCAAGAGACGCGGAGAGGAAGAUGUUGCCUUCGAGCGCGGAAGCAAAAGGCGUUCCUUUCAAGAGUUUCAUCGUAAAUCGUGGACGGAAGGAGCAAACCUAAACUCGGCUUUUACCGAUGGGCUUCCUGGUAUCGAUAGAUCCACCAGUCUCAAGGAAUAUCGCUGCGGACCGUCGAUUUCUAAUUGUAAGGCGUCCAGCUUUCUCACGAGACAACCGCCGGAAAUAGAAUCAGCGAUCAAACCGAAUGAGGACGUUUGCUCGGAAGGUUCCGAGGUGGAUUGGUCGUGGCUGGAAGAAGUGGAGUACCUGCGAGCCGGCGGCGCGGAGUCGCUCGCGACCACCGGUGAACGUGGUGAACAGGGUGGGAGGGUGAGCGCUGUCCCCACCAACGGGAGCGUGGGGCGCAGGCGCGCCUGCGAACAUCGCGAAACGGCGAUGGGCCGCAGUGUCGCGAUGUCCGUCACCGCGACGGCAAAGUCCCUAGCAGGUGGUGGCUCGCGGUGGCCACCCUCCAGUGGCGCGCUUCUCCUCGAUCGUCAAAACAACAAUAACAACAAUCGUCGCAGUAGUGGAAGGCACCGUCGGUAUCGCAACGGUAAUAACAACAAUAACGACGGGGACGACGACGAUGACGAGGCCGCGGCCGCGCGUUGCAACGCUACGAACGAGGCGGUCGAUCGCGAAAAUCGCGACGGCGCGACGACGGUGACCGGUGCCUUCCAUUUAGUAACACAAGUCGACACAAGUAUCGUUUUGUUUUCCCUACUCAUGGAAUGCAAAAAAAAGACAGACGACAAGUCGACUUGUGUCACUAAAUGGAAGGCACCCAUAGAAAAAAAACUUGAAAGAGGUUUCUACCUAGAAAAGCGAGAUGCAAAACUAUAA